GUAGUUGUACUGUACAUUGUUUCCUCUAUGAAUUAACACUCCGAUAGAACUGUUCGGAAACUCCCACAUUUUCGCUCGCUAUUUAGUACUCUUGCUUGAAGUGGUCAUAGGAAGCGCGCACAUUUUUGAAGCCUUGUCUAAAUUUGCUGAAAUAUAGAUUAUUUGCUGCGGCUGUAUUAGGCACUUCCGUGUGAUCCUGAUUUGAUUUAUUUCUUCAAAGACUUUUAAAGGUCAGCUAUCCGAAAAUGGGAGAAACCAGCCAAAACUGCGUCAAAUGGCUGAUGUUCAUCUUUAAUUUCAUCUUCUGGAUUAUCGGUCUGGGACUUAUAAUUGCCGGAGCCAUCGCCCAGACGAAAUACAAGGAGUAUUUCCAUCUGAUGGAUUCUGAGAAUGUCAGCAUUACCGCACCGGUUCUGUUGAUUAUUGUCGGUGUCAUAAUUUUCCUCAUUUCUUUCCUGGGAUGCUGCGGCGCGGCUCGAGAAAGUUACUGGAUGCUGAUAACGUUCUCCUGCUUGAUGGGUCUGAUUUUUGUGAUGCAAAUCGCUGGUGGUAUCGCUGGGUUUGUGCAAAAAGGAAAAGUUGAGGACUGGAUUAAAAAGGGAAUGAAACACGACAUCGAAGUGUAUUUAAAUAAGACCAAUCCAGAUUCUAACCUUCUUGUUGACACACUCCAGGAAGAGCUCCAUUGUUGCGGUUCAGAGGUGUUCACCGAUUGGGGAGCAUAUAAAGAUCCCACCACAAAGAACCAGGGUCUCCCGCCGAAAUCGUGUUGCAGAGUACCAAAGGAAAGCUGUAACAUCACUGCAGAAACAACUUAUUUGAAUACUACCUGCACGAAUCCUGCCCCCGAAUCGCAGUGCGUCGUCUACACCCAGGGUUGUGCUCCACAAGUGAUCUCUAUUCUGGGAACGGGUCUGGCUGGAGUGGCCGGUGUUGCACUGGGCUUGGCUGUUAUUGAGCUCAUUGGGAUUGUUAUGGCUUGCUAUCUUGGGAAACGAGUCCGCAGCGGUUAUACCUAUGCAUAAGAAACGACCGAGCAAAUGUCACAAUCCCGCUGAAUGCCAUUUCCUGGAUUAUGGAAUUCUGUUUUGUCUUAUGGUAGUAGUACAAGGUUUUGUAUGGAUUAACGUAUAAGACAACUGCGCAUUGUUUUCUUACCAUUUGCGUUUGGUUUUGCAAUCCUAAUUGUAAGUCACAAUAAACAAAAAAUGAAAAAAACGACGCAAUCCAUAUUAAAGGGGUAGUUAAUUG